CCGGACCACACCAGAACAAACCCGCUUUGGCUUCUUGGCUCUUGCGUCGUUGGUUGAAAUAUGGAUUUUUACAGUGUGGACUUAUGAGUAACGCGUUCAUCUCGGCAAGGAGCCAUGUCUGUGAUCUGCCGAGCGACCGAAAUCCAUAUUUCUGAUCACAAUGGACUCUCGUUUUGCUCAACUGCGGCAGCGGGACAGCAGUGUGUCCAUGCUGAGGGUGAAACUGUCUCGCAGACGAUCUCUGUCCCAGAAAGAGAACCGAGAACGGGCCUUGAACUCCCGCAGACAGCUGGACAAACUGGUUGAGCUGGACUGCUCUGUACAGGACACUUCUGUGAUGAUGGUACACAUGCCGACCAUCCAGGAGACACAACCCAACAUUGUUAAAAAAUCUAAAAACGAGGCUGUCAUUGAGCGGAUGAAGCAACUGGAGCGCUGGAAAGAGAGGAAGGUGUUGGAGAAAGAGAAGGCGAGGAGGGAGAAGGAAUGCAGGGGGGUUUUCAAAGUGGGUCUGUAUCGGCCCGAAAACAGCUUUUCUCUCUCUCUGCUGCCACCAGUUCAAACUUCCAUAAUCAAUGAGACUAUCCAGAAAACACAUGAGAGUCAGAGUGGAAGAGUGACCCGCUCUAUGAAGCAGCAGCAGAAGCUGCUAAAGGAGAAUCAGCAAGGUCCUUCUGUGAGAAAAGUGGAAUCUGCUGUGGGAAGGACAACAAGAAGUCAAGUAGCUGUGAUGAACAGCAGCAAAGUCCCUGCAGCAGGGGCAGUGGAGCGCAUUCUGUCAGCUAGAUCAGUUAACAGGCCUCUGACAGCAGCUCCUCCUCAGGCCAAAGUCAAACCUGCUUCAGAUGCAAGAGCCACCAGGACCAGAGCGAAUGCCAAGCCAGGGGUGCCCCUAACUGGCAGAGGGAGGAACUGCAAAGUGAGCAAUGACAGAAAUCCUCCAGCCAUUUCAAAGGAUGCUGAGAAGAAGGCCGGUCCCAUCUCAUCCAGUGUAAAGGAGGUGAAGGACCAGGCUCCCUCUGACUCGAUCCCUCACAUGGGUUCUGACGAAGCGCAGCCUUCCUUUGCCCCACAAGGCUUCAUGUUUCAGGCUCCUGUCGGCCUCUCCUCCUUCAAAUUUGAUCCUCUCACUCCUCGCUCAGCAGACGCCUUCCUCACACCUAGUUCCAGCUUUAGUCUUCCUCCUGUCUUUGAUCCGGAGCCCGAGGCCAUGCUUAAGAGCCCCUCUCCUGCCAGGGCACCUGCCGCUCCGCUCAACCUCAGUGAACCUCAGCAUGAUGUGCCAUACUUCAGAUCUGAAAUGAACAAAGAGACCGAGAGACUGUUGGGUCUGUGUGACCUGUGGGGGGCCAAGUUGGAUGACGAGUCCAUUCCGGAGGAGAUGCAGGACCGCAUGCGUACAGCGAUUGGACAGGCCAGGCUAUUGAUGAAGGAGCGCUUUGCCCAGUUUAGCGGUCUGACAGACGACUGUGAGUUGGGCCGAGGGGAGAAGAUCACCACCUGCACUGACCUGCAAGGAUUCUGGGACAUGGUGUAUUUCCAGGUUGAAGAUGUCAACAAGAAGUUUGAUGCCCUGAAGGAGGCAGAGAGCCGAGGCUGGCUGGAGGAACAUAAAGCCCCUCCACUCCCGAAGAAGAGAGCGGUCAAGAAACAACCCUCCUGCGGAGCUGCCAAGCCAGCAGGGACCAACGCAGCCGCCAAGUCCCGUCUGGCUGCAUUCAAGGCUUCCAUGAAAGCUCGUCAGCAAGCUGCCGAGCUGCAGAAAGCUGCAGAGGAAAAUACCCAGUCAGACAGAGAAAUAGACACCGUGGUGUUCCAUGGAGGCUUCUUCCAGGUGGAGAGCCCAGCCAAACCAGCAGGUUUUGUGAAGACAGCCAGCCAUCACACUGCUGCUGUGCUGCAUGGAACCUCACCCGGCCUCUCUCUCACCAACACCACUCCCGGUCGAGCUACCCGCCACUCCAUAACAUCACAUGUCUCUCCUGCUCGGCCCAGCCUUACCCCCACCUGCCUCUCUGUUAACCUCGGGCAAAGCCCUCGUCCAAGAGCAAGGCGUCAACUGAGCCCUCCUCAGCGACCCAACAGCGUCAACGUUUCAGUCAGCUUUUCACCCAUAAUGGAUGUUCCCUCAGACGGCACUCGGCCUGACCAGUCUGAGCCGGUGUCCAGACCAGACGAGGUUAGCUCUGCUGCUUGUGACAGAGACAACAACGAAGCGGAAAGUGUUCUGGUACUGGCCCCGUCACUUGUACCCAGCCCUGCAGUCCAUGACCAAAACGGACCCGCUGAGGACAGAAACGCCAGCCUGUCUCUCUCUCCACGGUCUCCCUCUCCAUCCUGCCGUGUCACCGAGCCACCCUUGGCUCUGAGCUUCACCCGGUCUCCAUACUCUGCUUGCAUGAUGCCGGCCAGGCAAGAAACCACUUAUGCCAGCCUCCCUCUCGUCUCCUCGCCCGCUGCGAUCUCGGUUCCCAUGGAGACUCGAGAGUCCACAAGUGAACCUCCAGACAGAGAUGAUCCUGGGUUUGACUUCGAACGCUACCUCCAACCCUCAGAGAUAGAUAGCCUGUCAUCACCCAUGAUGGCAGAUAUAGAGAUGGAGAGUCCCAGAUCUCCGCCAAUCAAUUCGCUAACUCAGGAAGAGGCGGUUAUGAUUGCUACAGUUGUGCCAGCCGUGUCCACCCUCAGCACUCCUCACACACCACAGACCCAGGCUGACCUGUCGCUCUUUACCUUCACCCCUGACCUCAGGGACAGAAUCCGACAGUCCGUCUGUCCGAGGGAUCUCAUGGUCUUCACACCGCCCUCUGAUGUCUUUCAGGGAGAAUAAUCUUUCAGUGUAUGUGUGAUCAUGUCAUGUAUGUGUGUUGUGCGCUGCACAGAUUAAACCUGAGUGAAAAGCUGCGGGUUCAGGCUCGUUUACCAGCUUUUUUAGCCGGCUGCUUCUUCCUGGACCUGCUGGCCUGUUUGGCUG